ACUUAAUCACAAUUCACACUUGUUGAUAGAUUGUGCUUAUCAAUUAUUUCAAAACUCGGGCGAUUAAAUCAAUUUUGUGGUUUUCGAUUGUCAAAUAAUCAUAAAUAUUGAUUAAUUUUGUAACAUAUUACUUAGUUUAUUUCUUUAAUUUAAUCAGUCAAGAUGCCACGUUUAAGCACAACCGAUCCAUCGUCUUAUUCUCAACCUGAACUAGUCAAAAUCAAGCAUAUUGAUAUUGACUGGUCUAUUGAUUUUGGAACAAAAACUAUUAGUGGAUUCUCUACAAUCCAAUUUGUUAUCUUAACUAAGUUUAUUGAAGAGAUUUUAUUGGAUGUUAGCGAUAUAAAUGUUGAAUCUGUAAACGUCAUCAAUGAAGGAUGUGAAAUUCCGCUGAAAUUUACAAUAACUGAUCCUGUUAAUGACAUUGGAUCGAAAUUAACAAUCAUGCUGCCAACAAAAACAGAUGGAGAGGUUACAUUGAAAAUCAUCUAUUCAACUUCAGCUAAUGCAAGUGCUUUACAAUGGUUGACACCCGAACAAACUUUAGGCAAGAAACAUCCUUACGUGUUUAGUCAGUGCCAAGCCAUUCAUGCUCGAAGCAUUCUACCAUGUCAAGAUUCUCCUUCAGUAAAGUUUACCUACAAUGCUGUAAUAAGACAUUCAAAAGUACUAACUGCUUUAAUGAGCUCAAUUCGUCAAGGAAGUGAGAAUGGUAUAACACGUUACAGUCAAACUGUUCCUGUUCCUAGUUAUCUGUUGGCCAUAGCUGUUGGUGAUAUUCAUUCGAAGAGAAUUGGACCAAGAUCACUAGUUUGGGCAGAGAAAGAAAUUUUAGAUGAAGCUGCAGAAGAAUAUAGUGAUACAGAAACAUUUUUGAAAACUGCUGAAGAUAUUUGUGGUCCAUACUUAUGGAAGGAUUAUGACUUGCUUGUUAUGCCUCCUAGUUUCCCAUUUGGUGGAAUGGAGAAUCCAUCACUAACUUUUGUUACACCAACAACAAUUGCUGGAGAUAAAUCACUAGUUGAUGUUGUAGCUCAUGAGAUUGCUCAUUCAUGGACUGGAAAUCUUGUAACCAAUGCUAAUUUCGAACAUUUCUGGCUAAAUGAGGGCUUUACUGUUUUCGUAGAACAAAAGAUAAUCGGUAGAAUUCGUGGAAGUGAAUACAGAGAUUUUAGUGCUCUUCAUGGCUUAUCCGAUUUAAAGGAUACUAUUAAAAAUCAACUUGCAAACGAGCCAGAACUUACUAAGCUAGUUGUAGAUCUUAGUAACGUCGGCCCUGAUGAUGCUUUCAGUAGCGUUCCAUACAUGAAGGGUAGUACCUUCUUGAGAUAUUUGGAAGACUUAUUUGGUGGACCAAUCGUUUUCGAGCCAUUCUUGAAAUCAUAUUUGAAUAAAUUCAAGUAUGAGUCAAUUUUAACAAAAGAUUUCCAGAAAUAUGUUUAUGAAUAUUUUAACGAUAAAAUCCCUGAUAAAUUAGAACAAGUUGAUUGGGAUAAGUGGCUUUUUACUGAAGGCAUGCCAAUAAUUAUUCCAAACUAUGACACAAAGGUUUAUGAUGCAUGCAAAAAUCACUCUGAUUUGUGGGCAACAAAAAGUCUUGAUGAAAUCAAAAGCUCUCCUUUGUUAAAGGAACAACUUACAAGCAUUCAAAAAAUUGAAGUUCUUUCAGAACUUUUAGAAAAUUCAGAAAUUGUUGAUUUGAAUGCAGAGAAAGUUGAUCUAUUGACAGCAACAUAUGAAAUGUCAAAGAGUCGCACCAGAAAUGCAGAGAUUCGAUUCCGUUUGAUGCGAUUAGUUAUAAAAGCUCGUUUGCAGCGUUUUGACGAGAUCUUCGAUUUUGCAAACAGCAAUUUCCGAAUGAAAUUCGUUCGCCCGAUUUAUAGAGACCUUGCAGGAUGGGAUAUUGGAAAACCCGUUGCAAUUGAGAACUUUAAAAAAGUCAAAGAUCAAAUGAUGAAAGUGUGUGCAUACACAGUUGCUAAAGACUUGGGAAUUGAUUUAUAA